CACGGCUGGAUAAUGGCUGGACAUAUAUACAGUAUGUGUCUGGUAUCAGUUCAGAAUAAAAGUAAUUCAGAUAUUACCACCAGGGGGCAUAUGCUAUCCAAUAAAUGCAAUCAUUUCAUUUUGGGUUUUUAUUAGCAAAAAUACAAAUAAAUUAAUAAAUACCUUACACCUUUCUGUGUGGUUUAUUAUAAAAUGGAUAGGCAGAAAUACUGUAGUGGACUGUAAUAAUUUCAAAUGACCUGAAAGUCAGUAGUCUGAAGUGAGUAGGUUAGUUGUAUUAGUAGUAUUUCUUGUUGCCUCUGUUCUACACGCAUUUUCGGUAAAAUUCUUUUGAAGAAGACAUCAGAAAACACGUUAAGUAAGAUUAAGCAACUAAAUGGACCUUCAGGUAUCAUGUUCCACAUCUACGAUGCAGAGAAAAUAUGUUACGCGGCGAAAAUAGACAAUAUUAUAAAAACCGUAAGGAAGAAUGAGAUGCAAUUUUGCACUGUGCAUUGCUUCAACCUAUAGGUGACGUGUGUGGCCCCCUCUCAGUCCAAAUGGCAACUCUGUAGCGCAUCGCGUAUUUUAAGGGAUCUCAGCGCUGCUCGGCAUAUAGACACAGGGGGGUGGUGGCGGAGGCGGUGUUUCUGGACGCCGGGAGCAGCGCGUCGCUGGCUGUGCAGAGGGACUGCGCGAACAGCCCAGGGCGGCUCUCCGGCUUUGCGCAAACGGCUCCACCUUUAAAAGUGGGCAGUGAUCUCAGCAGCGGGCCGGGCCGCUCGCUCGGGUGGGAUUUCCAGGCGCCUCCAGCGCUCAGCGCUCUCUCUUCGGCCAGAUCUGUGCUUCGUGUCGGCGGCAGCGGGGGUUGCAGUGCGGGAAAAUCGCAUCGGGUCCUCGUAUCUGUCCAUGCCGGUCCAGCAGUGCCACCCCAUCGGAUUAAAUAAGCAAGGAAUGUGGAAAUUACAGAAUGCCCAACAGCGCUGGAAAGAGGUUUAAACCCACCAAAUAUAUCCCGGUAUCCACUGCCGCCACUCUUCUGGUUGGAUCUACCACUUUAUUCUUCGUUUUCACGUGCCCCUGGCUGACGCAGGCCAUCUCCCUCACUGUGCCACUCUACAAUGGCGUCGUCUUCCUCUUCGUGCUGGCUAACUUCAGCAUGGCCACCUUCAUGGACCCCGGCAUGUACCCCAGAGCCAAUGAGGACGAGGACAAGGACGACGACUUCCGUGCCCCACUCUACAAGAACGUGGAGGUGAAGGGCAUCCAGGUGCGCAUGAAGUGGUGUGCCACCUGCCACUUCUACAGGCCACCGCGCUGCUCCCACUGCAGCGUGUGUGACAACUGUGUGGAGGACUUCGACCAUCACUGCCCCUGGGUAAACAACUGCAUCGGGAGGCGGAACUACCGCUACUUCUUCCUGUUCCUGCUGUCGCUCAGCGUGCACAUGGUGGGCGUCUUCUCCUUCGGCCUGCUCUUCGUGCUUUACCACAUGGACCGCCUAGGUGCCCUCCACACCACUGUCACUCUGGUGGUGAUGUGUGUAGCUGGUCUCUUCUUCAUCCCGGUCAUGGGGCUCACAGGUUUCCACAUGGUCCUGGUGGCCAGGGGCCGCACUACCAACGAGCAGGUGACCGGAAAGUUCCGUGGAGGAGUAAACCCUUUCACCCGCGGGUGCUGUGGCAAUGUGGAGUACGUCCUGUGCAGCCCGCUGGCUCCCAGGUACAUAGUGGACCCCAGUAAGAAGGCACUGGUCUCCAUCCAGCCACCCUUCCUUCGGCCCAUCCUCUCCGACCGGCAUGUCACUGUCAAGAUAAACGACAACGGCAUCCACAGCAGUAUCCUGCGCUCCAAGUCCAAGGGCAGCCUGGAUAUGCUGAACGACAAGCCGCUGGAGACGGGCCCGCCUCUGCCCCCUAAAGCCGACAAAUACCGGGAGCUGAAGAGCCAUCUGACCUCCAGUGAAGACGGCUCCCUCUCCAGCAAGCCCCUCCACCCGUCCACUCCAGCCAUGUACAAGUACCGGCCCUCCUUCGGCACAAUCCCCAAGGUGCACUAUCACACGGGUGGUGAGAAGAUCUCCAUGCAGGAUGAGCGUGGCCCCGGAUCCAUCGCGGAGGAGAGCAGCCGUGCACCCGAUUACCGCUCUGAGCCCAACCUGGAGCUGCCCGAGUGCUCAAACCCCUCGCUGCACCGCAGCUUCCGGUCCUCCCCGCUGCAGCUGGACUCGCUGAGUCUGAAGCAGGCGUACCAGCGCAGGGACGAAGCACGCCUCUGUGGCCUGGAGCCCGAGAUGGUGGCCAGCAUGGCCGACGCCCCCUGCCGGCCCGUCUUCUCCUCCAACACUCUGUCUAAUCGCAAUGGCAGCCUGUCCUACGACAGCCUGCUGGGGCCCGGCGUGGCCCUGUCCGCCGGCGAGUGCCUGAGCCGGGCCACCCGCUCGCCCUACCUGCCCGCCAGAGCCCCACCGCCCGCCUACAGCCCUGCCGCCGCCCGCCACUCGCCGCCACCCAGGGACCCGUCACCGGUGCGCUACGACAACCUCUCCAAGACCAUCAUGGCCUCCAUCCAGGAGCGCAAGGAGCUGGAAGAGCGGGAGAAGCUACUGCAGCCGCGCGGGCGAUCCCAGACGCCAGCCGGCUACCCCGUGGAUGCCGACGCACGGGACAGCCCUGGGGGUCGUAGUUUACCACCGGCUGGCUGCUACCACGAGGGCCUGGGCUCUCGUGGCCUCACGCCGCCCGCGUACGGCUCCAGGGACAGCCUGGUGGGUGGGGCCACGGCCUACGCGGGCAGGGCGGCCGGGCUGCGCGGCUCAGUCACAUCGCUGCCACGGGCCCCCAGGACUGCCGACGGCAGCAUGGUCUUGCAGGGCCAGCCCGGUGAGCCCCCCUACCGGUCCCCAGGGCACCAACCCCACCGCUCCCCCGCCGCCCUGCCCCGGUCCCCUCCCUACACCCGGCACAGCCCCCUCCCCAUCAUCAGCGCCUUGGAGCGGACAGACUCGCCUCCUCUGUGCCCCAGAGAGGAGAUCCAUGGGAAAAUGGCUUAUGGUAAAAUUAACGGGCAGCCCAAAGACCAGUCACGCCUGGGGCCCACUGCCAUUGGCCAAGGUGUUCCCCUUAGUCCCGGCCGGCAUGCUAAUGUCAAAAAGGUGUCUGGCGUUGGCGGGACCACCUACGAGAUCUCCGUGUGAAAGCGGGACUCCAAGCCAACCAAAGCUGCCACUGUCACAGCAGCUAACGCCACCGUGCUACAGAGAAAGGGCUCUUUUACUUUCUCUUGCUUAUGUAAGACUGUCGACCAAGUGGCCACGAGCGGCCUUAUCUUCCAGAACAUUCUGUUAGCCCAGGCAACUUCGACUCUCUCUCCCUGACACUGGCUUGCGAGUUGUCUGACCAUCUCGCCCCGUGUCCGGCCGUCUUUCCUCUGCUCUCGCUCCACUUGUCCUCCUGGUUCAUGUCUCAUUGCCCGAUGGCCGUCUCGGAUGCGUGUGACGGGGCAGCUAGUUGGACGUGAUCGCUCUUGAUGCUCUGACUCGCCUAGUCACUUUGCCAUGUCUUUGAUGUCUGGUACUCGCUUCCUUCAGUCUUCAUACAGUAACGUCAGCACAUCACAUACAGUAAGAGGGUGACGUCAGACCUCUGAGUCCUGAGAUCCAUCUGGAAAAAGCACAGGAAGGCCAAUAUCCAUUCAUGAUCCCUCAUUUCUGUGGUAACAUAAGUCAUCUGCCUUUUUGGGACAUCCAACAGAACCCAAGACAAAUGCACACAGAAAUCUGUUAUCGUCAUGGAUCUCGCUGCUCUGGACCAUGAAAGUGCUCGAAGGUGUCUGCAUCUAUGCCUGAAUGUCUGUGUGGUUUUUAUUUACCGUUUUUAUUCUUGGGAGAUUAAGUUGAUUAGCUUGCGGGUACCAGCUUGGAAACAGGUGUAGUUUGUGGUUAAAGUCUAAAUGAACAGUCCAGCAAACAGCUGUUUGUGGUGAGUAUUAUUGUUUAAAGGGGCAUAUACACAGUCCAGGAGCAGAAUGCUUUUAAAGUCGUGUCAUUUGGCUGUUUUCAAGCUGUUCCCCUGGAUCAUCCGGCCCUUCGAUAAGGAUGUCUACAGUCAGUGUUCCUCUUAUGUUUUUGUUCCUCUUUUGCCGCCCCCCCCCUUGCACAUGCAUACAUUUGCUGUCACCCAUGUUGCCAUGUCUGCCGUGUCUCUUGGUGCUUGAGCACAGGACUCGAACCCUCUGCCAGUGUCCAGUCAGCUGUCAAGGUCCCGAAGCUCAUUCCUCUAGGAGCAUCACCGCCCUGCUCGAUUCUCAGCCAGACUCCGCAGGGAAUUCAUUAGCGAUGUGGUUUUGCAGGAAGUCUCUGUAAAAGAUGGGUGCCAUGCAGGCCAUUUACCGGAGUCGCUCAUUAAGAAACGGACUUUGUGAUUAAGAAACAAAACACACCGUCCACAGCCAUGUGAAUAACAGAAAUACAGAGGUCAUUUUUUCCAUUUUAUUUUGUUCUUUUUGAAAUUUUUAUACCCACUGUUUCAAUAGUUUGAUACAUUAUGAUUUUUAUACAGAAAAUUCUGUCAGGGAGUUUCUCUUUGUCUCUUGGUAAUUUGUAAUUUAAAUAUAUUAAAUUAUUAUUAUUAUUAUUAUUAUUAUUAUUAUUAUUAUUAUUAUUAUUCUCCAUGGUAAGGGAUGGGGAUUGGGGAAAUACUUUUAUUUAUUGUUUUCUCAUUCCAGUAUUUUGCGGUGUGGAAUAAAAUGCUGAGGAACAUGAUUAUAAGACCUAUUUUUUUUCCCAAAUCUGCCCCUGGGACCCACUGGCCAGCACAGCUAAUUUAACUAACUACUUGCUCAUCAAGCUAAUUAAUCAGGACCUUCUCUAAUUGAAUGAGUUGUGCUGGUUACAGGACCGGAUAUGGUUAUAUAAGCCAGCUAACCCAAGGCAUGUGGAGCAGUGAAACAGUGUGUUAUGGGUAAAAGACACGCCCGUGCUCACCGCAGCUGUCUGGUACAGCACGUACCAUAUACUGCAACGUGGAAACUACAUUGAUCCUUAAUGUCUUUUAUUUUUUAUUAUUUUUUUGUUGAAGGGUAUAUAUAGUUUAUUAAGGUACAUUUGUUUUUUUCAUUUUAAAUCACUGAUUAAAUGUAGAUUUGAAAUUUUC